AUGCAAGGUAAAAAGCAUACCCGAAACCAGAAUGCGUGUGAUACCUGUCGCAAUCGGCGUGUAAAAUGUCGUUUUGCUGAUGGAGAGGUCUGCGAUGGGUGUCGGUUCUUAGGGGUUCCUUGUACCUCAGACAGGCCUCGAAGGAAGCGAGGACCUCCUAAUCGGCAUUCCCAUCUUCAAUCCAAUACUUCCUUGCCAGCUGGUACAAGCAAUUUCGCUGCCAGUGAUUCUGGUACUCCAUCCCUAUCACAGCCACCCCUACAGUCACCAGUGCCAGCAAUUCUCUCCCUCCUUGCACCCGAAUCCCUGAUACACAGCGUCCUCGACGACUGGUUCGACCAUAUCCACCCCCUGGCACCUAUUCUGCAUCGUCGACAGUUUCUCAGCAGACUAAACAAUGGCGACGCCAGUAACCCCGUCUUCUGCGGUGUUGUUAUUAGCGUUCUCUGCGCAACAUGCGCGACCCUCCGGCGGAAAUCAUUCGAAGAGUACUACCCAAUUACUCUGGAACGAUGCAUCAACCUAAUUGAAACAUACAACCUUCUUCCAGUAGACGGGCCAUACUCGCUUGACUGGUGCGCUGCCAAAUAUAAUCUCGCCUGUGCGGCGAUGGUUCACAGUGACAUGUCCAACCCCUGGAACCAUCGGGUUCUUAACGAGGCAGUGACGGGGACGAGAUACCUCCUCAACUACAAGCUAGACCAGAUCUCUAUCUUGGAGAAAGAGCUCUUAAAGAGGCUGUAUUGCCUCCUUGAAAUCACCAUGAUAAACCUCGACAUCUUCGGACAACCCGUACUCGGCCGUCUCGUCAUCGGCAGCAAUACCGUCAACCAGCCCAGCCCAUACACAGACAACGAGUUAGACCCAUCCCCAGACACAAGCAUGCUUCCCUGCCACUCUGAUAACGUCAACUACGUCCCUGGUCUACUCCAUCUCCGCGGCAUAUUCCACUCCUGGCACGUCGCACAAGCAGACCGCUUCUACCACCCCUCCUCCAAAGUCCUCACCAUCAGCCUCUCUCGCAUCCAGACAUGUCUGGAUAAUCUCCCCCCAGAGCUCCGCUGGCGAGGCGGCCUCUCCCGCCCAAGCACCGCAACACAUGGCCACGACGUGCAAAUCGCAAAUAUCUUCGUCACGAGCUUAUAUAUCCGGUCAAAUCUCCUCCAGCAGUUUGGUAACCCGUUGGAGAAUCAGAUGGAGCAUCAGAGUAUAGUUAGUGAUUUGCUCGAGGUGCUUUAUCAUCUUCCGCAAGAGAUCCUGGAGGCGAAUGGGUAUAGUCUUAUUCCGAAGAUUAGGGAUAUUGGGGCUGCGUAUUUGGGGGGCUUGCAGGUCGACAGUGAGGCGGAUGGACGGGUUAUUGGCAUUGGGUAUGAGGCGAAGGGGAAAUUGGAGAGGUUGUUGAGGCAGCUGGGUGUGUUGGAUUUCAGACCUGGUUUGGGUCUUGCGUCGUAA